AUGCUGCCGGCGCAUACAUACAGGCUAUUUGUUAGCCACCGCCCCGAUCUUUUGAUGCUGUAUGCGAGUGAGUUCAAUGACCUGCCCGGCAGCAGCGAGACCACAGUUGUGGAUCAGGUUGCGGCCAUGGCGGAGAUGCCCGAGCCGCUGGGCUUGGCUGUGGAGAAUGCCAUGUUUGAGUACCAGAUUGUCGAGACAGGUCACCACAUGAAGAGUUUGGAGGAUAAGUGGUUCGAGAAGCAGGCUGUCACGCUGGAGCAUGGUCGGAAUUGUCUUGCCGUGUCGUUGCCGUUCCCUGAUAAUAAGGAGCGCAGCUGGAAAAUCAGAGUGAAGGGCGUCACCGAGGAAGAGUCUGUGGCGCUCUUGGAUGAAUUGUAUUCCUGGCUGUAUCAGGAGCGCUAUCUGUACCAGCACCCGUGGCAGGUGGGUGAUCUCCUUAUCAUUGACAACUAUGGCACGUUACAUGGUCGCACUGCAAUCAGCGAGAGUGGUGUGCGCGGCUUGUUCCGUGGCCAGGUGAAUUACAGGUGA